AUGAGUAUGCUAACGAGAGGUUGGGCACUACGGUGUGCCAGGAUCUCAAUACAUGGCUGCUCCUCAUUCAGAGUUGCUACGACCCCUCCAGGGAUGUGUUCACACUUCACCAAAUUCGUGCCCUAUAGAGGAAUCAGUCAAACUUCAUGGCUUCUACAGAAAUUGCGUAAUAAGUCGGACCAAAGACCAGACAAAGCCAAUCCCGAAUCUGUAAGGACUGAAGAGGAGUCAGCACCACCAAGAAAAACUGACAAUUCGCUCAAGGUGACCAAGGAGCAACUAUUAGCAAAAGCAACCAAUAUGUACUCCAGAUUCAAAAUCCGUCUCAAAUGGCUCUUGAAAAAGUCAAAUCGACCGUUCAAUACCGACGACUACUCAGCAUUCUUUUCGUGGAUAGUCAUGGGGAAUGUGUUUUUGUUCUUUGCAGCAACUACAACAUUCUUUUCACUCGUGAUUUUCACAGCAAAUACCGUCUUUGCUCAAGAGUUUGUUGCCAGAAAAUUUGGAGAAUUAAUCACCAAGAACUCAAAUAUGACAGUCACUUUCGAAAGUGCCAUUGUACCUGGGUGGUCCGAUGGGAAAAUAAGCUUUAGGAAAUGUUUUGUUAGUCGUCGGCCAAAAAAGAUUGAAAAAUUCGCCAAGGGUUCACAAAAGGAGGAGUACGAGAGAAGUUUACAAGUUGAUAAUAGCGACGAGGACGAUGAUAUUUUCGAAGAUGAUGGGAACUAUACCCAAUUUGAUCUCACCAUGGAAGAAGUGAACAUUUCGUUGUCAUUUAGUAAAUGGGUCAACGGAACUGGGAUGAUUGAAACAUUGGAGAUGAAGGGAGUUCGAGGAGUCGUGGACCGAACACAUGUAAAGUGGGACCCAGAUGAUGAUGCCACUAAUUAUAAAAACGUGUACCAACCGGGAGAUUUUGAAUUUGAAGAUUUCAAAAUGGAGGAUGUGUUGUUUGAGUUGAAACAGCCUAAUGGAUUCAGACCAUUUGAUGUUUCUAUUUACAAUUGCGAACUUUCGAAAUUAAGAAAACACUGGUUGUUUUACGAUUUCUUGAAUGCCGAGGUAAUGAGUGGCUCAUACGACAAUUCGUUAUUCACCGUGCAUAAAAAACAAAGAUUGAGUGAUUUCUCAAUCAAUGACGAGGGAAAAGAGGGUAGUCUGCUGAGCAAGUGGAAAAGGGUAACUUGCAUUCGAGUUGACUCACUAAGCCUUGACCAUUUGAACAAGGGCCUUGAAGGUCCAUUUGGUUGGAUUACCAAUGGUAAAGUCGACAUGAAUGGUGAGAUAAUGGUUCCUAGGGACGAUACUAAUGACAUUGGCGUAAAAGAAAUUGUAAAUAUGAUUGCCGAGUCAAUAACGAAGGAAGCCACGAGGUACAAAAACCCAGACGUCAACUCCAAACAUCCAGACAUGCACACUCGUUUGACACAUGACGACUACACAGACAUUUCAAAAUAUUUUGUGCUCGAUUUAACUAUACGAUUAAACAACGUUAGGGCAACGGUACCAUUUAAAGCACCUGAAUUGUCGUACAUAAAUUACGCACUCAUAAGACCCAUUGUGGCGUACAUAAACUCAAAAAACACAUUCAUUGAAAUACACAAUCGAGUCGUGAAAAACAUAAAAGACUUUGAAGGUUCUUGGACAGUUUAUGACUCGCUUCUCAUGGAUGAUAUUUCUGAAGAAGUGUAUGACAAUUUCGUUGCUUAUGUGGCCGAUGAAGAAGCAAGAUUAAUCAGGGUGACAAGAGUGGGCUUUUGGUCACUUCAGUUGUUGUUACAGUUGGUACUCUUUGGGUUGGGUACCUUGGCAUGA